AUGCGGCCAGUGGCCUUGUCUUCGAGGCAUGAACCGCGAUCGCGCGUGAUCGCGCGCGACUCGAGCGCCGACGGAGAUGCGCGCAAGGCUCGUGUGCUUUUUUGCCUCGGCGGUCCCGGCGCAGGCAAGGGAACGCAAUGCGCCAAGCUCGAGGCGGAGUUCGGCUUCGUGCAUCUCUCGGCGGGUGAUCUGCUGCGCGCGGAACGCGCGUCCGGUAGCGCUGACGGCGAACUCAUCGAGGCUUACAUCGCCGAGGGGAAGAUUGUGCCCGUGCGCGUGACGUUGAACCUGAUCCGCAAGGCUAUGCAGGCCUCUGUGGCGCACACCUUCGUGAUCGACGGCUUCCCGAGGAACUCGGACAAUCUCGAGGGAUGGGACGAACUCAUGUCGGACGUGACGGACGUUGGAGGCGUCCUCUUUUACGACGUUUCCCAUGAUGUCAUGCAAGAACGUAUUAUGAAGCGCGGGGAAACGAGCGGGCGGAGUGAUGAUAACGCAGAGGCUGCCCUAAAACGCUUCAGGACGUACGAGGAGUCGACGAGGCCAAUCAUCGAGCAUUUCAAGAAACGCGGGAAGCUCAUCGCCGUGCCCGCGGCUGGGGACGUCGAUGAGGUUUGGGGGCUCACGAGAGCGGCCAUCGAGGCCUUGGAGGUAUACCAGGAAUAA